AUGCCGCUGACCUUUGCUUUACAGGCGCUACUGGUUCGCCAUGAAGCCUACGUUGCCGAUUCGGAGCGCGAGCGCCGGCAGAUGGCUGCCACUAUCGAGGCCCUGGAGAAGGAGAAGCUGGAACUGGAGGAGCGCAAUGCCGAAACCAUCAAGGCGAAUCGCGGUCUUCUAGACCAGCUGGAACAGCUCAACGCAGCUGUCACCGCCUCGGAUGCGCACGUACAGGCACUCACAAACACGUUACACUCGGCUGAGGAGGAAAUCCAACGUCUUUCAUCGCUUGCUGCGCGCACCCAGGAUCUGGAACGACAGCUGAUAGAUUUGGAGCGGGAGCAGGCAUCGCUGCAAGGAGCUCUGGAGACGAAGAUCGGCGACGAGCGCACCGCUGUGCAAAGAUGGCGGAGAGCGGAGAAGAUGAUUGGAGACCUACAGGACCAGAUCGACCGGAUUGAAGCUGAGGCCAGGGAGGAGCGGGAGCGGCAUGUUGAGAUCGUUGCGCGCAUGGAGAGGCAGAUGGCUGUGGGUGGGGAGUUGGCUGCGACGGGCGGCCGAUUGAAGGCGAAGGCGAGUCGGGAGGCGGGCGAAACCAGCGUUGUCUCACAUUUCGUCAAAGAUAUCUUACUGGAUAACGCAAAUCUGCAGCAUGGUAUUCUGGAACUACGCGAGAUGCUGCAGAAUUCGAAUGAAGAGGUGGAGCGUCUAAGAGAGCAGCUACAGGUUCAUCAGCCAAUCUCGCCAACGAAGGAGGAUGCGCCGACGUCAACGGCGCUGGAUAAAGAGUUGGGAACCGAACCAGUGUUCAACCAAGCCCUACAUAUCCAUCAUCACUACCAUGGGGCAGUGCCGAAGAAGGAGGCAGCCAAAAUUCCGGUGCAGCGUCGCACGCGAAAGAAGCGCCUGAAUCUCCCACCAGGAAAAGGGCUCCCUCCCAGACGUUCCGAUGUAUCCUCGACUGCUACCAUUCUCUCACAGACGGCCGUUACAGUGCCUCCGAACAUCCAUCGAUGGUCAAACGCGACGACGCUAGCAGCGUCCUCCGCCCCUGGAUCGCCCCUAUCUGCCUCUCACCGCGGAUCCAUCUAUGAGCGAGUCUUCAGCGAUGUAGCCUACGACUCAUCCCGACCCACCAGCCCUUCUGAUAGCCUUAACCUAACUUCACCAAUCUUCGAAAACAACCGCUGCGAUGACGAUCCGGUUGACAGCCGCGAACUGCUCCCUUCCAAACGAAUGUCGCAAAGACUGAAGCCUCCUAGCCUGGCCACUAUUCGCAGCGCUUCGUCCCCUAUCUCCUUGACCACAAAGUCAAGCCCUGCGUCCGCCAUUAUUUCUGCGGCCAGUCCACCGGACUCACUCUCUAACGACGUAUUCGUCCUAUCCCCUUCACUGCACGCCACGAUACCCGAGGAAAACGAGGACGGUUCCACAAAUGAUAUCAACUCAUUCAGCGAGCACCCUCCCGACUCAGGUCCUCCGCCGGACAACACCAUUUCUCCCAUAUCACCUGCCUUCCCCCCUCUACGACGCCCCGCCUCCCACGAAUCCCUCAUCUCUAUCUCCGGCAUGGACAUCCACACCCUCCAAUCCCGCCCCUCGCAACUCCUCUUCUCCACCUCCCCGCGCCUCGCUUCCCCUCUAUCCAGUACCUCGCCUCAACCGGUACUUACACCGUGGACGGCAACCGCCACACCGAGCCGGCUGUCCCGCCGAUACGACAUCGACAGCAGCACCCUGUACGGCUCGCUCAUCGAUCAACACCGCGGCGCGGGCCGCACUCUUCACAAGACGGCGUCGACGUCCAAACUCGGCAAGAAGGUCGGAGGGUGGGUGUUUGGGAAAUGGGGCGCUGCUCCGGCACCAGCUACAGCAGCGUCAAGUAGUAGUACCAAUCCUUCAAUGUCUGUGGCGGCAGCAAACGCCAAACGUACGGCACCACCACCGGCGAAAAGCACACCAGCACCACCAUUGAAAAUCGCACCAGCGCCAGCACCACCCGCACCAAUCCGCUUCAGACCGCCGGGUAUCAAUCAGACGGGCCCGCUGCUGGGGUUCUUCGACGCCAUUCCGCCUACGCCGGUGAAAGUCGUGGUUACGGAUUUGGAUACUGAGGCGUUGGGGGAGGCGUUGAGGGAGGAUGGGGUGAGAUAA